UCCGCAGAGGCAUCAAUCGGAAGUGACGUAUCUGCGCUCGGGCGGUGCUGUCGUCAUUUCCGGAGCUGCUCGGCCUUGUGGGAUUGCAAGAUGGCGGCGAUCAGCGGCGUCCGGGCAGUUGCCGGGGCUCUUCUGCGCGCCCAGGGUCGUGGGGCCUGGAGGACCCUCAGUGCCUCCGCCGCCCCCCAGCAGACACUACGAAGCCAGACAGAGAAACAUGAAGGGCUGUUCAAGGUCACCAUGCUGCCUGGAGAUGGGGUUGGCCCGGAGCUCAUGCAUUCUGUCAAAGAGGUGUUCAAGGCUGCUGGCGUCCCUGUGGAGUUUGACGAGCACCACCUGAGCGAAGUGCAGAACAUGGCAUCAGAGGAAAAACUGGAUGAGGUUGUCGACUCUAUGAAGGAGAGUAAAGUGGCCAUUAUAGGAAAGAUCCACACUCCCAUGGAGUACAAAGGAGAACUGGCUUCCUAUGACAUGAGGCUCAGGCGCAAGUUAGACCUGUUCGCCAAUGUUGUCCAUGUGAACAGUUUACCUGGUUUUAAAACACGACACAACAACUUGGAUCUUGUGAUCAUCCGGGAGCAGACGGAGGGAGAGUACAGCUCUCUGGAACAUGAGAGCGUGAAGGGAGUCAUUGAGUGCCUGAAGAUCAUCACCCGGGACAAGUCGCAGCGCAUUGCCAAAUUCGCCUUUGACUAUGCCACCAAGAAAGGGCGUUCAAAGGUCACAGCAGUGCACAAAGCCAACAUCAUGAAGCUGGGGGAUGGGCUCUUCCUCCAAUGCUGUGAAGAGGUGGCAGAAUUGUAUCCCAAGAUCAAAUUUGACACCAUGAUAAUUGACAAUUGCUGUAUGCAGCUGGUGCAGAACCCCCACCAGUUCGAUGUCCUGGUCAUGCCAAACCUGUAUGGAAACAUCAUUGAUAACCUGGCUGCUGGCUUGGUGGGAGGCGCCGGCGUGGUUCCCGGGGAGAGUUACAGUGCCGAGUACGCGGUGUUUGAGAUGGGUGCCCGCCACCCCUUUGCCCAGGCCGUGGGCAGGAACAUUGCCAAUCCCACUGCCAUGCUGCUCUCCGCCGCCAACAUGCUGCGGCAUCUCAACUUGGAAUAUCACUCCAACGUGAUCUCUGAUGCGGUGAAGAGGGUGAUUAAAGUCGGUAAAGUUCGGACACGGGACAUGGGCGGUUACUCCACCACCUCGGACUUCAUCAAGUCUGUGACUGACAACCUGCACCCACACUAUAGUGUCUAGGUCCCCACCUGAGUGUGGGAGUUCCUUGGACUUCACUCUGUUCUCCAGCACCCAUUUCUAGUGUACAAACCAAACGGACCUUUCUCGCCCUGCUCCCACCCCUAGGGGAGAACCUGAAUCAUGUCACCCACUCUUGGGCUGCUGGAGCCAGCCCGCCUGAAACCGCAACCCAAAGAGGGAAGGGACUCGCCUCUCCCUCAGCCCAGUUAUCUGUUACCAGCCUCAAUCAUGGUCAGAUGGUCACCACAAAGAAACGUGGUCUGAGUGCCUGGGAUCUGAUCCUGGCUCUCCCACUGGUUCAUUGUUCAGCCUGGGACGAGCCAGUUCACAUCGCUCAGCUUCCCUCUCUGUGCAGUAGGGACAGCGCUCACCUCGCUGCAUUGCACGGGAGUUCAGGGUCAGCUAGCUCACGUUUGUACCGUGCUUUGCAGCUGAGAGAGGACGAAGCCUAAAUAUUCCACUGCUGCUGUAGCUAAGGCCCCCUGCAGUGUGGCUUACGGGGCCUGUUACGUCCACGUGGUCUCGUCUCGUCCCUGAUUGCUGCUGCAGGAGCAUCUGCCUACUCCAGAGGGGCUUAGCCGUAGCUUGGGACCACCCGGGGUGGAGACCCCUGUCCACAAAGUGACAAAGGAAGUCUACUAUUGGCUUGGAGUGAAGCAGAAUUUCAUCCCCGUUAAUCUGAACAGUGGAAAGGAGGAAAUUUCAGUCUUUCCGCGUGUGUGUGUGGGGGGGGGGGGAAGCUUUUAACUCCCUGUGUCCUCCUAACUUCAUCCCCCUCCCAAGGCAAGAUGCUUUCCCCACUCUGUUAGCAAUAAAAUUCAGCGGUGGCCUCGGACAGAAGUCUUAGGCACUGAGCAGAGCUAGAGGGCAGCAGGCCUGGCCCGCUGCUCCCGGAUCAGAAUGGCACCCCACCGGCAGGCUGGCACUCCAGGAGACGAUCUUCCCAGCUGACGCAGACCAUCCUUGCGGCCUGUCUACCUCUAGGCUGCUGUCCUGCCAACCAGCCUCCCUGACGAAGCUCAGGCCCUUCCUCAGGCUGGCUGCUGGGCAGUGCUCUAGGUCGGUUCAUGUGCCCCUGUCUGGUGUGCUUCAGAGCAGAGUGCAGUCCCCAUUACUGCAGCAUCGUCCUGCCUGUCAUGCACCCUGCUGCCCAGCGUCGUUCACUGAAACACAGCGUGUGCUGGGCAGCCUGUCCCUUUGCAUUCAGAUAGGGCUAAGCUGUGGGGCGCACCUGGGAGAGGCAGGGGGGUUAUGAAGAGCGCGGGGCCCUGCAGUGACUUGUCGCAUUCCCCGAGAGAGCAGAACAGCUGCUCGAGCCAGGCCUCUAAGGAAGAAGAGGCCAGGCCGUGCAUGGCUGCAUGCAUGUCAGAAGGGAGGCGCUUCCUGGGUCGCAUGUUUAAAAUGUGGCGUGAAUGAUGCGCUUGCUGCUUUGCAUGCAUGGUGUGCACUGGUGUCAUUGACGGAUGCCAGCACCUCCCCGUGUAGGCAGUCGUGCUCAGAAAACACACCCACGAGUGCACGUGCACUAGGGGGAGCUGCUGAAACACUGAUCCUAACCGGGAAGUCUGGCUCUGAAGGGGUAAGGGACCAAGACUUCUUCCCUGGGUAGAAUUCCAGCUGGGCCGGGGUGGGGUCUGGCUGUGGUGGGAGACCCAAAGGACCCUAACAGCAAGGCUGCAGGUAGCUUGUAGGUGAUGGAUUAGGCAGGUGGGGCUGUGCCAGGCAUACACCUCUCUCCGGCCCCUAUGCGGUGCUGGGCCGCUGCCAUGCAGGCCGGGAGCUCCCGUCAGGAAAUGCAGGAUGUAUUUAUUGGGGGCUUUGUAGUAAUACUCAUGAAUAAAUUGUCAAACUCGCCCCUCCCUUCCUGCCUCUUCUCAGGUGCUGCAUGUCUCCAUGAGUUCUAGUUCCAGCCCUGCACGCGGGGCUCUCCCCAGCAUGUUACUGGGCCUGGCAAGAGGCACCCUCCUCCCUCAGCCCUGCCCUGGUAGGCCAGAGCAGGAGCCAGAUUGCUCCAGAGUGAGAACCCAGCUGUGCUGAGCCCUGAGGGAGGGAGGGAGUUGGCCCCAGCAGGAGGGCAGCUCCUCAGUGGUGCUUUUUUCCUGGUGGCUGGAGCUGUGGAAGUGAAAGCAUUGCCUCAGGGAGCUGGCCGAGGGUGGAGUAUGCCUGGGUCUCUCCGUGGGUCAUAGGGAUUGGCCCAAUACCUCUGCUAGAUGUAGUGAUUCCUGCUGAGAGCCUGGGGGAGUCGGGUGCCUUGGGAGCAGGAGAGCCUGGUACGCUCCAUCCCUGGAGUUCUGUGCCUGCCAUUUAGCAAGUGUGCGAUGUGUGUGCAGGGGUCGAACACGCGCCUAGGACCCUGGUUACAGACCAGAGCCCCAGCCUGCCUGAUGCUGUACCCAGAACCAAAAGAUGGUUCCUGUGCAUUUAAGACCAGGCAGGUGGGGAAUGCAAGGAGCCAAUGAGAGAGUAGGGCUAGGCCGUGGUAUCAGCGCCCCAGCAGCCUAACCAGCGGCAAGGGAGUUCUGCUGCUGGUGUCCCGCUGAAGGAGAGAGGUGGAGGAGGAUGGGGUGGUUUUGUGGCUGUUUACGGGGACCUAAGGGGGAGGGCAGCAGAAGAGACAGCAGGUAGCAUGGGGUGAUGGAGGCUCAGCUCAUGGGCUGAUUGGUGAGAGGAGCUGAUAGGUCGGCUGGGGACAGGCUGAGAAAGGCCUUGAUGUGCCAGGGGAGGUGUACCGCAGCCUAGGAAAAUGAGCCCCAGCAGCACUCUGCGUGGGUCGAGGUGGAGGCUGGAGAGAAGGGCCUGGCAGUGAGUGAGAGCGGGGGUGGGAAUGGUAGAGGAAGGCUGAGAGGGCAGAGCUGGGUGGACAGCAGAUGGCAUCAGCAGUGAGGAGGCAGGAGCAGGAGAACACCCCCCAGCCCUGGUCUGCCCUAGGUAAAGGAGCCUGCUGCAUCAGCCAGAGGGACCCAGGUGUCCUGUGCUCCAGGCCUGCUGCCCACACAGCAGCUUUGCCCAGUGUGGGGCAAGAUGAGCCUGUUCAGACUUGGGGGGACGAGGGCUCCUGUCAGUCAGAGCAGGGGGUGUUGGCUGCACACACACUGCCUGCCUCAGACUAGCGGCUGGGCUCCCCCCACGGCUCGGUUACGUUCUUUAGCCCGAUGAUAGUGGAGGUCAGGCAGCCUGCGAAGCCGGUGCGUUUCCCCUACCCCCGAGCGGGGGCAGCGCAGUCGGAGUCCGGGACACGGUGGGGGGAAUUGCUGAAUAGCUCAAACUGAUCGUAACUGGCCUUGUUACAGUUACCCUCAGGGCGCAGCUCAGCCGGGAAGCUGGUGCCCAGAGCUGGGUGAGGUAAGCGCUCAGUGAGUGGGCAGACACUGGCACACCCCUAGGCCUGCCCACCCUCCUGCCCAGGCCCGGUGGGUUUCUGCCCAGCGUGGUUUCCAGUCUCCAGCAAUGCGGCAUGUGUGUCUUCGCACGCCCACAGGCAGGAAGAGUUACUCCUAGUGCUGAGCCUCAACUGUCCCCUUCAGCCCAUCCCAUUCGUCUCUCUGGGGGUACAUCACCUCCCUGCCCCUUAUUGGGGGCUCCCCAUCAUCCCGGUCUGGGGUGGUGGGUGUGACGACACAGCUCAGGGACGUGUGACAUCCACGCUCCCCACAUGAGGCCGUUACACUGACCUAAGCCUGGCUGUAGACAGCGCUAGCUCCCCAGGAGAAUUCGCCCAACUACCGCCUGGUGGGGCGGUGGUGUCCCAAGGCUGCCAGGAGACCCCACCCCCACCCCCUGCGUGGGCACAGGGCGUAUCUACUGUGAAGUGCUGCAGCAGCGCAUGUGUAGCCAGGGUGUCAGCAAAGCUGGAGCUAGGCUUUCUCUAGCUAAGUCACUUGGCCAAGUCUCUCCCUACCCCUUGUCGCUGGGACGCUCCCGUGCCCCCACAGUGAGGCAUGACCCUGUCCUUGCUCUGCGAUGAGGCUUGGCAGAUGCAGCUCACGAGUAUGUGACUGUUCUUUGCUCCUGGCUGUAGCGCUCCAGAGCCGCUGUUCCCCACGAGGUUGGUGGGGUUUAAAUGCUUGAGGGCAGGUUGGGCGAGUGUUAGAGGCUGAGCCUGGGCAUGUGAGGGGAACGGAGAGACGGUGGCUGCUGGGCACAGU